AUGGUCUUCCGCUUCCCCAAAUCCCUCGACCCCAUAACCCUCUUCCACAGCCCUGCCCUCGCCUCCUCCAAACGCGCCCACACUAUCCUCCGCCAAGCCGCGGCCGUCGCCUCCGAAACCGCAACAGAGGACCAAGCAAGCGACCACCUCGAGCACGCGAAGCGGCAGCGCGGCGAGUUCCAGCUGGAGGUGACCACCGCGCCGCCGACGCCGGACCAGCUGCGGAAUAUCCUCGACUAUGUGGGCGGGGGCGUGAAGCCGUCGGAUCUGGUGCAGGGGGCGAAGGACGCGAAGGACGCGUUGGAGUUGUUUAAGAAGGAUGAGGGGAAGUUUGUGAGGCCGGUGACUGUUGACUGGACGCACGGAAAGGCGGUUGUCGGGGAUAAUGAAUCGGAGAUCCUGAAGAUGGUGCAUCAGCUGGACGUGGAUUAA